CAGCUCCUAACCUUCUUUGGAUAACCAGUACUGGUAGAAGCAGCUGUUGGCUUGACUGGACGCUACUUUCAUACCAGUCUCUGGUCAAGCUGUCUACCGAGCGACAAAAUUCGGAUGCCUUCACAAGGAGCAAAAGACUCCCCUCUCGAGACAGAGUUUCUGUCUGGGUGGUGCAUUAUUCAAGCCAGCUCGGACACUAUUAUUUCCGGUCCUUCCGUAGAGGUUGUAUCCCUGGAAGAAGCGGGGCCGGCGGCGCGUGUUAGUGCUACUAAGAUCACGGAACACUAUGAUGCUUCUGGAAAGAAUGGUGAAUUGGAGACGUUACGGGAAUGUCUCGCCUACGAGAAAAGCGGCGAAGAAUGGCUUGCGGAAGCGGAUUCCUCAGGAGGCAUUGGAUGCAUCCCCAUGUCGCGAGAACAGGACCCUGUCGAUUUUCCGGUGGAUGAGGCGACCAUGGUGCCUCUUCGCGAGCAUUGUACAGACGGCUCAAAUCCCCCACUUCCUUCGAACUCACCGUCAGUCUCAGGAUCAGGAACAUUUAUGAAUCCUUUUCGACACUGGAUAGAUUCCACGGGACGAUUCCGUGUUGAGGCGAAGUUUGUAGGGGUCGGGGGAGGUGAAGCAUGCCUUCAUAAAAUGGAAGGAGGCACCAUCGUAGUCCCUCUUUCCAAGUUGUCUAUCCUGGAUCAGGAUUACAUAAGGGCCGUAGCAGGACAUAAUGAAGUAUUUCCAGCGGUCCCAUCUUCGAACGAAUUGAUUCAAGAACGGUUGCCUUGGUUGUCCGAGAUGCAAUCAACCACUCCGGUGCAUGAAGCUGAUUUCCGAGUGUGGUGCGACCCAACUGGAAACUUCCGUGUGGUAGCGAAAUAUCUAGGCAUGAGCGACUCCAACGUUCGGCUACAUAAAGCUAACGGGGUCAUCAUCAAUGUGCCUCUCUGGAGGAUUUGUUCUGCGGAUACGGAUUAUAUACGUAGGAUGCAUUCUUAGCCCCGCCUGAUGUGGCGUUCUUUCUUGCGGAUCCAGCCCGUAGUAUCCUCACUGCUCCACGAUUGUAUUUGACUGUGCUGGGGUCUGAGAUCCAUUUGCGUCCUAGAAGGUUCAUGCCAUUAUGGACUCAGGCUUUUGCUAGUCACAUGGAAGUCC